GCGGAGCGUGUUGGCUGGCAGCCCAACUUGGCUUUUUGUAAUCGAGGCAUGAUCGCAGACUCCAUGCAGCCUCCUGCUCCGCUCGCUGCUGCCGCGCGUUUGGAGGGAGCCCAGCUUUCGCCGAUGACAUCCGAAAUGCACAGACCUCCCUUCCUGCGCUGUGGACAGCUUGCAUUCCCGCUGACGGAUGUUUUCUCACUUCACACUCUCUGCCUGGGAUUCUGGUGCAUCUCCGUUUUGGGAUAAAGCGGCUUGGCUAGGCCUGGCAGGGCAGGAGAACCCAGCAAACAGACGCUCUGGGGGCACUUUGUCACGUAAUAUUGCACUCAUCCUUUAGCCCCACAGAUGUCAUGUUCAGAAAGAAGGAUCAGAAAGAUGCAGAGCUGGACAAAAAGAUCGAGGCCCUGCGGAAGAAAAACGAGGCCUUGAUGAAGAGGUAUCAGGAAGUGGAAGAGGACAAAAAGAGGGCGGAAGAGGAAGGCAUGGCCCUGCAGGGCCGCAAAGGCAAAGCGGAGGAUCUGACCAUCACUAUCAACAAGUCCACCAACGAGACCCGCGUUGUGACCAAGAAAACGGGGUGCGGGGAUGCGGCGAACGCCAGGGGGGUCCAGGACCCGGCAGAGCUCGAUAUCAACCCGUUCGGCAUGGGUCGGGGAAAGAGGAGACAGCUGCUGGUUACCAUGGCCGGUAACACCAAGGGCAAGAGGAUUGUAAGUGAGAAGAGGGCCCAGAACCAUCCCCCGAGCCCGGGGGGCAUGAAGGACGUCACCGAGGAAGAGGAUGUUGAGUGUGCCAGGAGAGGAAGGCACCUCCAGGCCUCGAAGCCAGACAGUUGGCCACAGGAGGAUGAGCUGAUGCAGGAGCGGCAGGGUUUGACAGAAGAGAGCCAGUGGUUGGCUGAGUGUGACCCCUAUUACAAGGACGUGGACGGUCCUGACCUGCAGAGCCACACCGACCUCACCGUCCCCACCUCCAGGGAGGAGCAGCUGGAGUACCUGCGCUGGAAGAAGGAGCGCGAGCAGAUCGACCGCGAGCGCGUCGCCCGCCACAAAAACGCCAAGGGCCAGUGGAGGAGAGCGUGGGACAUGGACAAAUCAGAGAAUAUGUUUCGUGACAGAUUUCAUGGAGAAAGUGAACGAGGGAACAAAAGAGGGGGAAGGAAUGCAAGAAGGGGUCAGUCAAGAAGCACAGGGGAGUCACAGGGUCAUCCGUACCGGAACAGAGACGAGGGCGGCAAAAACAUGCCAGCGGUCGGCAGCAAAGCCAAGGGCAAGGACCGCCUGACUGGCAGAGCGAGGAGAUGGGAUGCUAAGGAGGAAGAUGACGCACAGACAAUGGAGACCAGCCUUGAAGAAUUUUUGGAGGAACUGGAUGCCUUCGUUGGGCCGGAGGUGGACUUGAGCCCCAAGUCGAGGGAGGAGAGCAAGGAGGAGGAAAUUGGGAAGGGCUUGCACACAGGCACUGUGGGUGCUGAUGAAGCAGGGUCCAACGAUGCUGUUGAUGGAGAUCACCCUGUGGGAGACGAGGUAGCCCCUCAGCCUGGCCCAGGCCAUGGGUCUAACGACACAGCCUCUAACCCAGGCCGUGGGGCUAAUGACACAGCCUCUAACCCAGGCCGUGGGGCUAAUGACACAGCCUCUGACCCAGGCCAUGGGGCUAAAGACGCAGCCUCUGACCCAGGCCAUGGGGCUAACAACGCAGCCUCUAACCCAGGCUGUGGGGCUAACAACACAGCCUCUGACCCAGGCCCUGGGGCUAACAACACAGCCUCUGACCCAGGCUGUGGGGCUAACAACUCUGCGGACCCAGGCUCUGGAACUCCAGCUGCCAGCCAGGGAGAAAAGGCUCCGAUACCACGCAGGUCUCCUGAAAAAAAGGUCCGCUUCUCCGAAGAGAACGUCAAGGAGACCAAGGCGCCCGCAGAGGCUGCACCGAGCCCAGUUCCCCCCCAGCCUGAGGUGAUGGGAGCCAUUAAAGGAAGUUCACACGUCGGCCCGUCUCCCUCGGCGGUGACAGAGGAGGCCAAGCAGACCCUGGCGUCAGGCCUGAGGGGACCCGCCGGUGAAGGAGUCCAGAAACGGGACCAGGAGGCCUCUGACCUCCCCCACAGCAGUGCCCCUGUUAGCAGUGUGGCGGUGGUCAGUCACGCUGCUGGACCAGAGCCACAGGACGCCUCUGAAACUGAAAUGGUCGAACAGAAACAGGACGAACCGCAAGGUCUUCCUCCCGAGCCAGAGACGGGUCAGAGGGCCACGGACGGAGACUCUGCUUCUCUCCCAGAGGAGAGCGCCCACCAGCCUCUGAAACACUCGAAGAACGCCAGAAGCCCAGAAGAGAUGAUCAACUCCAGCCUCUCUGUAAUGACCCUAGACUCUGGAGCACCGCAAUCUUAUCAUGAGACCAGCAACGCCAAGGUGAAAGAAAAUGGGAAAAUAGUUUAAUAUUUGAACAUGGAAAAGCUCAUUACCUUUACUUUUGUUCAUUGCGGUUUAGGACAAAAUACAACUGAAACCAAAACAAGCUAAAAAAAAACGGAUAAAUGUUUGUAUCAUGUGGUAUGAGCUGUCCCAUGCUCUGUGUAACUUUUUUUACAUUUUAAAUCAUGCUGUGUAUGUAGGCACUGCAGUGAGCAGAGACAUAGUGUUGGUCAUAUCAUUUCAUCAACAUGGUGCAAUACCGUAAUUCUGCAAAACAAUCCUGAUUAUAAUAAGUUGCGAUUUGGAAACACACUGUGUAGGGGUUGAUAUUUUGCUUUUCUGCUGUUUGGGUUUGGCCAAACAUUUAAUACAAGCACUUUAUUUUCUGUUAUUUAGCUGAAUCUAAUUAAAGUAUUAAUGCUUAGUGUUGUAGUCAUAUACUGUAGCAAAUCACUUGGAUUUCACUGUUUCCUUGGAAGCCUUAUUCAGUGUUCUUGCUAGAGUAACUGGCUAUUUUAGUAGAGACUCUUGGAAUAAAUUGUGCAACUAAGCUACAUGCAGCACUUGAAUGAAGGGAACUGGUAAUUUAAAAUACUGCUAUGUUUUUAUAAGAGAAAAGCAUAGAAAAAGUGAUUUGAUAUACAAAGCAAACAAAUCUGCUUAAUGUGAAGUGUCAAUUUGCUUAAUUUAUGCAAAUUAUCAUUUUACUUCAUCAACACGAUUAAAUUUGAUAUGCUGUACAUGUAAACUGAUUGAUGCGGUUUAAAGUAAACUCUGUUAAUUAUUCAGAGAAUGGCCUUUGGUGCCUUCAGAAUUCAAUAUUGAAUCAUUUUAACUCUCUGUUAAUAUCACACUUUUUGUGUUACUACUUUUGUGUUACAAACAUACAGUUUGUGUGGGAGACUUUUUUAACACAGGCCGUUGAAGGUAACACAAAGUGUGUUGUCCUUAACUAGACAUAGACGUACAUUAAGAAAUUAUGUAGGAUGUGUUGUUUUUAACACAUCUGUUUUGAGAGUGUCAUUCCCCUGUUUUGUUAGGAUUGAUGCUGAUGCUGAUUCUUUGGUACUGAAAUGUUAAAUUUACAGUACAAUACAUUAUUUGCUAAUGAAUCAGAUUGUACGGUACAGACAACAAAACUAUUAUUAUUUUGCCUGUAUUUGUAUGCAAGCAAUGCCUUUCCCUAUAAUUGUACGAAGACUGAAUAGUUUAGUCGAGAACUGUGAGGUUAAGAUAUGAACUAUGUAUUUAUUUUUCAAUAUAUCUUUCACUCAUGGUUGACUUUGUAGAAAAAACUAUUUUUUGUUAUAGAUGCAAUUAUAUUUAAAAAAGUGUAGUUUAUUAUUUAAACAUUUAAUUAUAGAUUUCUGAAUUUGUAUUCAGAUUAGUUUUGUCAGAAUGUACAUUUCUAAUUUGUUUUGAUCUGAAUUUUGACAAGCACUUUUGAAAUUUGGCAUAUUUUAUGUCCCAGAGCAUUUGUUGGGGAGACCGGGGCACAAACUUAACACAGGGCAUGUUGCUUUGCUGCAUUUGUGCAAGAAUGGUGACACAUUCAUUAUAUAUUAAUGUUGUCAUAUGCGGUUAGUAUAGAUAAGAUAUAGACCCUUUAUACAGGACAAUUAUCAGAUGAAAAAUUUAAGAAAUGUUGGAACAGUUUCACUCUCGCUACUUUCUACUGAGCUGUAAUCGGAAUGUUCUAGAACUAUGAUGAUGGUCUAGAGUCAUAGCAAAGACAUGUAUCUUCUUUCUUGAUGAAAAAUACUUGCUCUAAUAUGUGCAUAUAUUUUUUAAUAUAGAGAAAACCUAAAAGUGUUGGGUUGUUCCCCGGUCUCCCCAACCAUUUGAAAAAAAAAAUACUUGAGUGAAAAAUAUUGACAAGUUGUCUAUUUGUUUAUCAAUUUCUAUAAUUAUGUUUAUUAUGUGUUAGGCCAUUUUUGUUUGGCUAUGCUAUAAGCUACUAUUCACUCUUUUAUUAUAUAUUACACCAUCAAUGUUGUUUUCUGGGUCUGCAUUUGGACAGCAGAAUGUCUUAUUUGGCCCAUUUAAAGAUUUGUUGUAAAUAUUGAAAAUGGUUUGAACUUAUGUUUCAAAAAAAUGUUUGGAUAUUUAAUCUUUGCAGUUCACAUAUUUAUUUUUUCAAAUUCAUUUUUUGCAGACUUUGAUGGAGCCUUAAUAUAAAAAUGGGAAAAAUAUUUCUCAAGCACUUUCUUUUUCUUUUAAUAUUUUCAUAUGCAAUUUUACAUAUAUGUGAACACUUGAAAUGAUAGACAGUGGGCCAGCCACAUAUUAGGCUAAUUUUAAUCCUGAAGCUCCUUGCCACAUGAGGAUGUUUGUUGCAGCAAGACAAGCAAUCAAUUUUCAUUGGAAAAUAGAAAAUUAAAAUGGAAAAUAAUACAUGCAGUGAAAUUUUGUUUACAUGUUCAAAUUACUAAGCACAACAAAAAUAAACAUGCUUUGAAAAGAAAAACGUUUUUUUUAUUCUUGUUUAAAACUAUUUAUUUAGCAGCGAUAUUUGUUUCAUUUAAGGGUGACAGCUGAAAUAAAUCCAGGGUCUUUUAUCAAACUGAAUGUUCUUCCUUUACCCUUUAGUGCUGAAGUUUCACUGUGGCAGGUAUUUCAUCUUGCAAGCAUUCUUCAAUUCAGUGCCUAUAAACCUUGAUGAUAGCCAUUGUUGUUUAUGUAUCUUGCAUGUCAUAGGUAGAAUUCUUGAGGAGAUAAGCAAGCAUGCUUCGACCUGACCGCAAUCUCUAGGUGUUUUUAGUCAUAGCACCCAGGUAAUGGCCUUGCCGACUGAAAUUAAUUGGAUUACAAUCACACAUACUGUAUGGCUGCUCCCUUGGGUGACAACAUAUCUUCUUUGGCCUUACAAUAUCUCUUGACCCAAACAGAAUUGAUCCUAUGGGAAUGGACACUUAUGUGCCUGAUUUCAAACCAGAGAAGCAUUGUCACACAUUUAUACUGAAAUACCGAGAGGUGUGCAAGUCCAGUACAAAUCGGUAUUCAGAAAAAGCUGUGGUUUGAUACUGAUACAUUUGAAAUUGAUAUUGUAUCGAUACAUUUAAAACCAAGGCAUAGCCUGCCUUUCUUCAAAUAGAUGGCCAUCAUCUCAUUAUGCUGUCUGUACCUGUAUGAUAUUGUAAAAUAGGCAGGAAAUGCAUUUUGUCCCCCGCUUGUACAUGCGGUUGAAGAUAGUGCUAUCAGAUUCUGAGACAUAGAUUACCGUCUACUUGUGUCACUCUCAAUUUAUAAUGUGUCUUUCACUUUCAAGCGUUUGCAGUUCAUGCUACUGUUUUCACAAUGAAGUUUUCCAGAUGCUGUUUCUAUCUUGAAAUAAUGUUCAAUAUUUAGACGACAGUAGCACAACUGAAAUAAAAUGACUGUAUUUGUUUACCUUGCGGAGUCCUUGAGUUUAGAAUGGCAAAUGUUCAGCGACAAUGGAAAACAUUACUCCCGCAAGUCAGUCCCCUAAAAAUGGUUGGUGAAAAACAUUUUUAUUUCGUUCCUCUAAAGAAGAGAAGAGAGAAGAUAGAUUUACAUCUGAUUACAAUGACAUAGAGUGCAGUGAGACAAACUCCUUCCAGAGCCUCAUCUUGGACACCAUGGCAACACCCAUGGCUUCCUCCCCCCGAGGAAGGCAUGCUGGCACAGGAUUCAGUUCAUCUUGCAGUCUUCUCAAAUCAUUCCCUUUAACAGCUACGUAUGUCGUAAUGUCUGUGUGGCCAGUCCCAAGUCAAGCUCUUUGAGAUGCCAGCUUUCUGAAUUUUGGGCUUUUCUUGGACUGAGAACCAAUUAUAAUAAUGUUUUUUACUGAAUGUGAUUAUUGAUUACAAAGAUUACAAAGUAGUGAUACAUGAAUUAUAGGAAUACUGUAAUCUCCAGGAAAUACAUUAGUGCUCACUCAGGCUCAUGUUGUCUUGCUUUGUAGAGACGUUAGGAUGCAGCACUUUAAGAGAGUUGUGUUCUUGAUGUUUUCCUUAGAAGUUAUAAUGAAUGUGUUAAAUGAUCAUUACAUUAAUACUACUGAAAUGCCACUUGCUAAUUCAACAAAAAGCAUUUGAAAUUGUAAAUCUUACUUGUAUCACUUUGGCAUUCUGAAAUAUUUAUGUAUUGUACAUUACAUUUCUAUUGCAUUUUUUAAAUUAAAAUGUGUUCGUUUCUCACUGGGUUAAUUGUACUUUCUACUUAGUAAAAUAGAAAUGAAA